AGCACCAAAAUAGUUUCGAAGCUUGUCACUUUGGAAGCAGUAUGCAAGCCAAUACAAUAUGUCACAUAAGUCCAACCAAAUUACUCCCGAUAUCAACAUGGCAUGAUCGAAUCCCGGCAGGCCGAGCCCUCGCCGCGACCGGUCAGGCCCCCCGAGCGAUCUCGAUCUCGACAUCGGAGAGCCGCUCUUCGGGCGUCUCCGCGGCGGAGGUGGAAGAAGAUCGGGUGGCUGCGUUCUGGGACUACCAGUCUCUCUUCGUGUCGCCGCAAUCCGAGACCGCUGAGCCUGUUUUGCUCCGGCUGGUGGACGGGGCGGUGCCAUCCGAUUUCCCCUCGGGGACGUAUUACCUGAUUGGCCCGGGGCUCUUUGCCGACGACCACGGGUCCACGGUGCACCCGCUAGACGGGCAUGGCUACCUGAGGGGCUUCGUGUUCGGCGGGGCGCCCGAAAACAAGGAGGUCAAGUUCAUGGCCCGGUACGUGAAAACCGAGGCCCAAGUCGAGGAGCACGACCCGGCGAGCAACACGUGGCGGUUCACGCACCGGGGACCGUUCUCGGUGUUGAAGGGAGGGAGGAAGGUCGGCAACACCAAGGUGAUGAAGAACGUCGCCAACACCAGCGUGGUGAAGUGGGGAGGGAAGUUGCUGUGCCUUUGGGAAGGCGGCGACCCGUACGAGAUCGAACCCAGGUCGCUGAACACGGUGGGGAAGCUCGAGAUGAUCGACGGCCAUGGCGAGCCUCAGCACAGCGAGGGCCACGGUGUUGGUGACGUAUGGGAUGUCGCCGCUAGCAUUUUGAAGCCCAUCUUAUAUGGAGUGUUCAAAAUGCCGGCGAAGAGAAUGUUGUCGCAUUACAAGGUCGACGCAAGGAACGAUAGGCUUCUCACUCUGUCGUGCAAUGCAGAGGACAUGCUGCUGCCCCGUAGUAACUUCACCUUUUAUGAAUUCGACUCCGAUUUCAAGCUGUUGCAGAAAAAGGAAUUCAACAUCCCCGAUCAUCUAAUGAUUCACGACUGGGCUUUCACCGAUACUCACUACAUAUUAUUUGGGAAUCGCAUCAAGCUUGACAUUUCGGGGUCAAUAAGUGCAGUGUGUGGAAUAUCACCGAUGAUAUCGGCAUUAUCAGUGGACCCCGGCAAAUCGACAUCCCCGAUCUAUCUUCUUCCAAGAUCACAAGACGAGAGCCAAAAGGGAAGAGAUUGGAGAUCCGCCAUAGAAGUGCCUGCACAGCUUUGGCUUAUGCAUUUCGGCAAUGCCUUCGAGGCCGUGGACGAUGAGGAAGGGACGAGGGAGAUUCGCUUCCAAGCCUGUGUUUGUUCCUACGAAUGGUUCAAUUUCCACAAGCUCUUUGGAUAUAAUUGGCAGAGUAGUAGAUUGGAUCCUUCCAUCAUGAAUGUCAAACAAGAUGGGAAGGCCUUGUUGCCUCAUCUGGUUCAGGUGUCCAUUGAUGUCAACGCUGAAGGGGAUUGCCAAAAGUGUUCCGUGGAGUCUCUCAACAACUGGACGCGGCCUACGGAUUUUCCAGUGAUAAAUCCGGAUUUUUCAGGGAGAAAAAACAAGUACAUAUACGGUGGAACAACUUCCGGUACCCGCCCAGCACUGCCACAUUUCCCGUUCGACUCUGUCGCAAAGCUCAACAUGUCUGAUAAGUCUAGCAGCACAUGGUCAACCGGUAACCGCAGAUUCAUCGGCGAGCCGAUUUUCGUCCCCAAAGGAACCGGAGAAGAAGAUGACGGGCACAUCCUUGUGGUUGAGUAUGCAGUCUCGAUUCAGAGAUGUUAUCUAGUCAUUUUGAAUCCAAAGAGGAUUGGAGAAGCCGACGCUCUAGUAGCACGACUCGAAGUGCCUAAAGAAUUGAACUUCCCUCUGGGAUUUCACGGUUUCUGGGACGUCGACAGUUGA